CCAAAACACUGCCUUUACAUCCGUGAACGCCAGAUUAUCCUCAUUUCCAUUUAACACGGGCCAACAGUGUAUUGGAUGGAGCACAUCAGGAGGAUGGUGUCUCGAAACGCUUUAAUAUAGAAGGUGCGUUUGCCGGUUUGACUUGUAAAACGUCGUCUUGUUGAUAGCACGUAGCAUGAUUGGACAGAUUAGAUGUAUAUCUCAGAGAUAAAGCUUUAGGUAUGGAAGGACUCAUGUUCUGUAAUAGUUUCUGCUAAACAACCUACAUCACUGCCUGAAUCGAUUGUGGGUAGUCAACAUUGAUUUCACUGAUGGACACUGACUUCGCUCCCGGCACGUUGUUGACGGUCGCUGUGUGUCAAACUUGCGCAUGCGCGCACCAUGGCUCACAGUGUUUGCGUCAUCCUGCCUAGUUCAUUACUGGCUUCUUCUGAGAAUGGAACCGAGCUCAAGAGAAAAGGGGCUACCAGCCAGUCGCAGCGCAGGAAAGGGAUUCUACUAGCCAAUCCCAAAGCUGGAGGGGAAUUCUUAUUAGCUCAUCCCUGCACAGGAGACGGAUACUACUAGCCAGCCGGAGCACAGGAGGCGGAUAUUUCUACACAAUCUCAAGGCAGGAGGCGGAUACCUUUAGCCAGUCCCAUCGUAAGAGGUGGGUAAUACUAGCCAGUUCUAGCUCAGGAUGAGGAAUACUGUUAGGCGGAACAGUGGUAGCCAAUCAUAGUGCAGAAAGCAGGCUCGUACAAGCCAAUAGAUGAACAUUACGGCCAUAUUACAAGCCAAUCCCAGCGCAGGAGGCCGCACGCUAUCAGUCAAUCUUUUUGCACGGAGGCGGGGUUUGCCGGAUUACGGGUGGGGAAAAAACAGCGCGAGAGUGAGGGAGGGGUUGGUGUCUGCUUUCCGAUCCCGUGUGUAAAUCUUGCGCCGGUGGAUUUUUAAAUCCGCUGCUCCGGCUCGCCAUUGGUGCUGAAGGUGAGGUGGAGGCGGGAGAGGAGGGGGCCGUUGCAUGGAGAUUGUUUACUUUAAGUUCAUGACGGAGGCUAACGGAGAGUCAGCGUCGGUGCAGCCAGGACCAUCUGGGGCUUUGCGCUGGAGAGCGGGUAAAAACGUUAAAUUAAUGAGAGAGGAGGAGCCGGGCUCUCAUUCGUCUGCGGAUAAAGGGAUGUGGAGUGGAGCUUCGGUGUGAGCUCUCCUUUGCCUUCUUCUAGCGGAGGACUUGUUUUUUUUUUUGACCGGAGAGAGUUGUUGCCCCUCGCUGCACGUUCUGGGUUCAGCAGGGACCUUUCGUGCCAAGCACAGCGCUUCGACAUGCAAACCUUUCUUGCCCCUUGGUUCCCAGGUGCUGUGUAGGAUCACAUCGGGUUGGACUUUAUUGUUAUUUAAAUUCCUCCUUUAUAAACUCUUCACGUAGAGUCUUUGUCUUUUGCUCUUUGUGGGCACGAAGCCUGGGUCAGUUGCAUAUGCCAAAAAGACUCCUGCUGAAUAUAUCAGCCUACGUUUGGAUGCAUAGGCUCUAGGAAAACAAGAUGCAUUCGGAAAACAAUAGUAGAAACGCCGCCGGGAGCAGCGAAGAAUGCACCGGUUCCUCAGAGCCCGGGAAAGGGGGUGCAGAGAGCUGUGCGGAGGCGGUGUCCACGUCCGAGGUGCAGAGCCAGCAUCCCCCUAUGGAGCAGCACACCGAGGGCACCGAGACGCGUGAACACGGGGAGGAGGCAGAGAGCAAAACCCAGCCAGAUGACUGCGCGGUGCAGCUGAUGCACGCCGCUGGGUCCGAAAAGGAGCAAGCAGCCACGCCACCACCCCCCGUGCCCACAACCGCACUGCCAGGACCCGCGUUCGCUCCACCCGAGGGCGGCUUCGGCUGGCUGGUGGUGUUCGCUGCGACCUGGUGCAACGGCUCCAUCUUUGGCAUCCAAAACUCUUUCGGGAUCCUGCACAUGAUGCUCGCCGAGGAACAUGCUAAAGACCAGACGUCCCAGUUUAAAGUGGCGUGGGUUGGGGCCUUGGCAAUGGGGAUGAUUUUUUUCUGCUCUCCCGUGGUCAGCAUGUUCACGGAUCAUUUCGGCUGCAGGAAGACAGCCGUGGGCGGAGCCUUUGUCGCCUUCCUUGGACUCCUGAGCAGCUCGUUCGCCACGACCUUGGGUCUACGUUACUUCACCUAUGGCAUCCUGUUUGGCUGUGGAUCCUCCUUUGCCUUUCAGCCAUCUUUGGUGAUUUUGGGGCACUACUUCCGCCAGCGCCUGGGCCUGGCUAAUGGAGUGGUCACCGCCGCCAGUAGUGUCUUCUCCAUGGGUCUGCCCGUUCUACUUAAGAAGGUUGUGGGGCCCCUUGGCCUUUGCAAAACCUUUCAGAUCCUAAGCCUGUUCAUGUUGGUUCAGUCGUUGCUGGCCCUUACUUUCAGGCCACUGCUCCCCAGUGGCACAUGCCCAGUGCCAGGUAUGGGGCCAGAUGGAGGGCCCCCGGGGCUGCCUGGAACGCCAGGCUCUGCCUCUGGGAGUCGGUGGCGAAGGAGCAUGCUGAAGAUAAGAAAGUAUUUCAACGUGCGUGUCUUUAGUGUGGUGACCUAUCGUGUGUGGGCAUUCGGGGUGGCCACGGCAGUGCUGGGAUACUUCGUACCCUAUAUACACCUGAUCAAGUUUGUGAAGGAGCAGUUUCAGGAGACACAAAGGGAGUGGGUGCUGUUGGUCUGUUUGGGGGCAUCUUCAGGAGUUGGACGUCUGCUCUUCGGAAAAGUGGGCGAUCUCAUCCCUGGAGUGGGAAAAAUUUACAUGCAGGUAGCCUCGUUUAUGGUCCUGGGUCUGAUGUCAAUGAUGAUCCCGUUGUGUAGAGUAUUCGAGGGGCUAGUGGUGGUGUGUGUGUUCAUGGGGCUCUGUGAUGGCUGUUUCAUUACCAUCAUGGCUCCCAUCGCCUUCGAGUUGGUAGGGCCCAUGCAGGCAUCCCAGGCCAUUGGCUACCUACUGGGCCUCAUGGCUGUACCAAUGACGGCAGGCCCCCCUAUUGCAGGUCUUCUUCAUGACUACUUUGGGAACUACCAUGUGGCAUUCUAUCUGGCCGGUGUGCCCCCGAUUGUUGGGGGUAUUGUGCUGUUUUUUGUCCCAUUGGUGUACAAGCGUCUUCAGAAACGUCUGGCUGAAGCCUCUGACCCCAGCACAGACCGGAUGUUGAAAAACUGCUCCAAUGGAGACAUGCUGCCUGGAUACACAGACAUGGAGACACACAUAUGAGCCUCAUACCUACAAAAAGUCUUAGGAGAAGAGACCUGCACAUCAAAGAAAAAAAUCCCCAGCCUCCCAUCAAUCCCCCCACCCUCCACCAUCCCCAUAACCAUCACCACCACAGAGGGAUUUUGGAAAGAAGGCUCGGAAACCCCUCCAUCUUCUGCAGUGUUUCCUAGAAGAGAGCUGAGUGAUAUACGGCUACACAUUACAAGGUUUGAGGCCCAAAAAACAUUUGCAAGCAGCAAAAAAGGAGCAAGCAUCACACAAUCCAAAACACUAUGAGUGGCUUUAAAUCAGAGGAAAAUCAAAGUCCUCCAUGAUUUUACCCAAGAAAGUCUUCACACCAUGGAAAGAAGGGGUCGCUGUGUAGCAACAGAGAUUUUCAUUCCCCCCAGAACUCUUUUUGAAGAUAUUUCCCUGUUGUUUCAAUUUUUUUUUUGUUUAAAACUUUUUAUGCUUACAUUUAGGGUUUUUUUUUUUUUUUUUAUGAAACGUGGUAUCUCCUCCCCAGCCACUGGAUUUUGAUGACCUCUCAUGUGGUUUUGAGAUUAUAUGAAACAACAUUGCAACUACACUACAUGCCACACUCAAAUGUUACAGUAAAACUGCUUUUUAACCCCUUAAACUGACACAUUCUCAUAACUCUCAUAACUUAAUUAUUAGUUACAGAACAGUAGCUUCACAAUAAUAAAUAGUAAAAAAAUACUCAUUAAUAAAUCUUUAGUUUACUAACUGAAUAAUAACCUUUAGUUUAAGGGGUUAAAUGUGGACUUAGAAAGGUGACUUUCUAAGCUAAGUCUUUACAGAUUGCUACAAACCUCAGCCAAGGGUUUUACUAUGCAGUAACAAAACUCUGUCAUACUGUGCUGACUUUUUAGAGCCAGUCAGUCAAUUGCAACACUUAGUGCCAGUGAGCUAUGAUAAUAUAGCCUUAAUUCAUUCUUUAAGGGACCUACCAUAUUUCAUAACCUGUUCUGUGAUUAGGAUAAGCAAUGACAGUCAUAGCCUUCAUAGGACAAAAACUAUCACUACAGAUGCAUAAAGUGUGAGAUUUUUACGACUUUUGUUUGAUUUCUUUGUAUCUGAUUUUAUCAGCUUUCAUUUAUUUGUUUGCAAACAAAUAACAACAGCUCAUAUAUUGCAGUAGGAGCAGGGCCUUUCUAAUGAUUUUGAGGGAUCUUGCACAUUCUUGAUCAGUAAAAAGAAAAUAGAGCUGCUUUUUAUGUUUGAGGGGAGUGAAAUUUAUUGUAAUGGAAUAACAGGAGGAGUUUUCUAAUGUGUCUUGCAAAGACAAUCAGAAUGAGAUUAAAUGGGUCUGUAUAUGAAUGGAGAUUCUGAAGAUAGACAGUGAUUCAUUCAUGACUCAGCAAAAACGUACGGGACAUGGAUUGCUUCUGGCAUUGUGAUAUUUUAGUGUUACACAAUGUCCAAAGUGGACGUUUUGUAGGUCAGUAUUAUGCUAUUCGAAAAAUGAUUUUGGAAUUUCUUAAGAUAUGUUGUUGUGCCCACUUUUAGGUGCUUUUUUCUGUUCAUGCUUGGCUUCUAUUUUAUUUUCAUCACACAAACUUAAUGUGAAAUUCUUUCAUUGGUCAUAAAAACAUCAGAACAACAGAAAUAUAACUUGCUUUCACUUAAUCAUAUACAGUGUAUUAUCAUGGGCCAGUAUAAUCAGUGUCAGUAAAUGUUCUUUGUUUCAGAUCAUUACUAUUAACAUUAUUGGCCACUGUGAUGUUGUCAUGGACACCUGUCUGUUAGGCUGGCUUUACAAAGUGAAACUUCUGUGCAACGUCAGUCACUUGAAACCUGCAUGAAACUAAAUUUAAACAAAAGUUUCUGGCAAUGCACUUGAAACCUCUUUGACACUCACAACAGUUGCAAUUGUCUCAACUUUGUGUUUCAUGAAACAGCAAGUCACACCAGUAAUGUAAAAUGUGAUCAUGUCAGACUGCAGGGGGGGCUUCAGUCUCUGUCCUUUUGCCCUCAUACUGCACAAGUGCCCUCUUGUUCAUUAUGUAUACUAAUUGUAUUUUAUAUUGCCUUCGUAACUGUUCAGGAUCCUUUUUACUGAGACACAGCUGGCUUAGCCUCAGCCCAAGAAUAGAGCUAGUGAGUCUGUUCGAGUUCCACGUGCUUCCACAUGCUCUUGAGUGCCCUCCCCCUCAAAUUUCACCACAGUCAGUUCUGAACUUUCAUGGAUGUAUACAUCACUGCAGCAAUGAAAAUCCUGCUGAUAAAGUACCAAACAUUUCUGUUUAAAAAAGGCAAGUACCAGCAUUUGUUCUGCUGGUAGUCUGCUGUAUCGUGAUCUACAUAGCUAGGUUAUCUUGUCAUAAAAUUCAUAUAAAGAUGUAAAUUGAGGCUCAGUAACACAUUGCAAAUAAUUUUUAUCAAAAUGAUACAAUAUAUGAAAAAUACUAGCCACCAAUGGAAUUAUCAAAUGUUUCAUGUGACUUUGAUCAUUUUUGAAUUGCUGUGUGUAACUGUUGUAUAGUAAUGAUGUUUCAUGCCAUUCACAAUCUGCAACUUGUUGCAUGAAAUUUUCACCAUGUGAAGGGAGCCUUAGAGCUAUGCAUCCUCAACUAGGUCUGCUGCAUACAUGCCACCUGAUCACUGGUAUUAGGAAAAAAAGCCAAAAGUCAGUCACAAUUUAAACCAAAUUGCCUCAGUAGUUCCUCUUCAGGUUUAUUCAUGAAACAGUGCUGAUGUUCCUGAACUACUGGAACCACAUACCUCUGGAGUAGACUCUUAAAAGGAAACCAGUUGAGUUUUGAUCUGUUGAUGGAAGGACACUAUAGUUUCACACUGAAAGAUUGAAUCAGUGAAAAAGAACGUUUUUUUUUUUUAUAGGAACAACACAAGGACACACAUACCUCAGAAAUCUACUAGUUAAGAUAUAUACUGUCAGUUUUACGAUCGUUGUGCACUUCAGCCGUUUUGCAUUUACCUGCUAGGAUUCAGUAAUUGCAGUGUGAAGAGUUCGAGCCUCAAAGCAAAUGAUCCUCAAUACAAGCAUCUCUCUCUCCCCUUCCUAUUUGUUCUCUGCCUCUCUCAGCCUGUAUUGAACUGUUUGCAAUUCUGACUGUGGGGAGACCCUGAACAGAUCCUCUUUUAAACAGCAUCUUUUUACUGCGAGUAGAUAUAGAUGUCGCCAUAGUGACAGAUCUGAAGUUGUUUAUGGUGCCAUUCGUGUCUGGUGUGUGCGUGUGUGUAUGAGUGAUCCCCAAUGGCAGUUUCCGCUUUGUAAUCUUUCAGAACCUCAGGGAUUUUGCUUUGAGAAUUUUUUUCUUCAUGGUUGGAAUUUGUCACAUUCCAACCUCACUGGGCCAGUUUUGAGGCAUCCAUUUCAGCACAUGCUAUGAUGGUACAGCUACUUAGUUGCAGACUGGCAUUUAAAUGUUGAAAGUGAUGACCUGUAGAUGGAUCAGAGUCAUUUUGUGCAAGAUUAUAGCACCGUUUCUUUCCUUGUGCCAUAACAUCAGCUGAGCGUUUCCCAGCCCUUGUAAUUACCCUCUCUUGUCACCAUAGUUACAGAAUGUUGCAUCCUAGCUCGGGUUGUCUUCCAUAAUUUAACAUAAUGUAGUUUCCGCCAAAUCGUAUGUGUGUGGAUGUAUUUGCGUGUGCACCUAAUUUCAUUUACUUAUCCUCUGUCUUUUGUGAUUUGUUCUACAUUCUGCAGAUCAUGAGCAUAUGAUGUUUUCAUUUUCAAAGUGUGACAGUGCAUUCAGUUCCAUAAUGAAACUUCCCCCUCUUCUUACCUCAUAUGACUGGAUUAUUUGUUUCCUGUUUCAAUCAGUCAAGCUUUGCAGAUCAACAUGCAGUGUGAUGCAUAAGUCAGAGAGCACCCUUCAUUUAUUUCCAAUCUAAAUGUCCAUUAAGUACAAGUUAUUAGUUUUUCAGGAGAUAUUUUUGAGGGAUAUCUGUGUUGACAGCAAUUGUUUUCCUCACUUGUUGGCUUUCACAGUCAUGUUUAUUAUCAUAUCAUAGGUCUUACAAUCACAAUAAAGAUUGUCUUACAAUCACAAUAAAGGUUCUAACGUUUAACUGGCGCUAUACAACCAUUAGAGUGUGAUGAGUAAUGUUUGUUUAUUUGGUGUUUAUUAACACCUUGUAGAGGGCACACACACACACACACACACACUAGCUAAGCCUUCUAGGUCAAGGGGGUUCUGUAGUCUAUCCCAGCAGUCAGUGGGUGGAAGGUAGGAAACACGCUGGACAGGUCGCCAGUACAUCGCAUGACCCUUUAGAGGGCAGCGAUGAGUAAUGUUUGUUUAUUAGAUUUUUUGUUAAUUACGCCUUUAGAGGGCAGCAAGGAGUAAUGUUUGUUUGUUUGUUUGUUUGUUUGUUAGUCGUUUAUCACCUUCAGAUGACAGCGGUGAUUAAUUUUUGUUGAUUUGAUAUUUAUUAUCAGUACCUUUAGAGGGUGGCAGUGAGAAAUGUUUGUUUACUUGAUGUUUGUUAAUAACAUCUUCAUUGGGUAGCAUUGAGUAAUGUUUGUUUAUUUAAUGUUUUUAAUAACACCUACAGAGGGUAGCAUUGAUUGUUUAUGUGAGCUUGAGUUGUUCAUGUCGUCAGUUGGGAGCUUCUAAGUAUCGGCAUCUAGAAAACAAAAUAGCUAAUGAAUUUGGCCAUUUUUAGCAUAUACUUUAUUAGUUAUUACUUGCAUAGGAAAUAGGAAAAUCAAAGGAAAAUAUGUGAAAAAUUACAGGCUUUCAAAACUGUAGUUGAAAACACUGCUGCCAGAUAAACAGUACCUAAAGAAUGGAAACGGUGGACUGAACAGUUAAUUAUAUUUAGUUGUUGAGGCUUUCAUAUAAUUUUGUUCUUAAAUAUGUUUUUUUUUUUUUUUUUUUUUGCUUUUUUAUGCUGGAAACUGAGCUUGUAGUUAAGGGUUUUUUUAUCUGAAUUAAAUUACGGGUGAUCUCUGACUUUUGCACAUUACUUGUUAUGUAUUUUUUAUAUUAGCCAACAACUGAUAUUACUGCACUGUAAGUUACAGUGUCUCUGUUCUUUCUGUCUCCAUGAAUAUAUUUGCUAAAGCUGAUUACAUUUAGGACUACAUAUUAUCCGUUUUUAAAGGAAUGGCUUGCCCACUUGUGCUAAUGUGGCUGACCGUAAAUGAAACCCAAUAGCAGGAUGUUAGCAGGGUGUAAUUUGCAUAAUGCUAAUUAGUGGAUGUUUCAUUUAUUACUAGCCUUUUGACUAAACUUUUUUCCCCCCUUUCUCACUAUUACAAUUAGUAGUUAAUUAAAUAUGUAUGAAUAAGCCAGUGCAGUGUAAACUCCUCAGCAUGUCUCACAUUCAAAAAUCAAUAAACAGUUGCAGUAUCAUUUUGUGAAGCUCAGUGGUCACAAAACAUCUUAAGUCAAUUUUGGCCUUGUGUUUUUUUUUCUUGACCUUAACUUUAGGAAACUUUUGGUAAAAUAUUAAACAAAUCAUAAUGGCAGACUGAGUUUUACGCUCCAUGUCGCAAAAUUCAUAUUUAAAUUUGUAGCUUUAAAGAUGAAUACUUAAGAUGUAGAUGCAAGUGGCCACAGGAGUCCAAACAGCUUUAAAUCUCACCUUCACAACCGUGCCUGCUUUAAAAAGGGCCAGUAGAUACUCACCAUUUUGUCAGCAAGUUUAUUGAUUAGUAAUUAAUUGAUUAUGGAUUAUAUUUCCACAGAUCUGAUGGACUUUAUUAUGUACUGGUAAAAAGGAAUGUACGGAGUGCAGAAUCACAUAUAUGCGUUUAUAUAUAAAGAUAACAUUUUUAUUUUUUUGUAAUCUUGUACAUAUUUAAUCAUCCUCUAUACUAAACCUAUAGCUUUAUGAGCACGCCAAGUUUUUGCUUUGUAAACCUGUUCUUUUCUAAUGAAAAUAUAUGACAGACUGUAAUGAUGAACUUAUAGGACUGAACACACUUUUUGUAGAACAUAGGCCAAGUUUAUUGAUUAGUGUCUAAAGAUGCUCCCAGAGUGACCCUUUAGUGUAUGAAAGGGCCAUUACUUUCAGUCUUACAUAUGAACCUUUGUUGUUUGACUUUACCACUUAGUGAUGAUAUUUUUAGCAACACUUACUGUUACUUACUAUAUAAAGAGUCACACCAUUUUCCCUGUAUAACAGCUAUUUACAUACUGUAAUUAAGCCUGUGAAUACGUUAAAUAUGUGAGUAUGACUAGCUGGUAAUCUGGACAUAUACCCCCUCAGAAAGAUCAAUACACAGACACAGAAAUUGAGGGAUGUGUUUUGUUUCUUUAAGCAAUAUUUACAGGGGGAUGAAAUCUACAUGAUAUAGAACAGAAUUAUUACAUCACACAAGUACCGGAUAAAAUGAAUGAUUAAUCACAGCGUGUCCGUUCAACGUGUCGCUUUUGUUUUCUUUUACAGCCUCUCUACAUGUCUCCUUUUAAAGCCUCCACCUUUCUUUCCUUUCAUUUUUUAGUUUCUGCAUAUUUGUCAUUCCUUUUUUGAUUAAAUCAAAGUGAAUUAAAAGCAUUAAAUUUAUGCUGCUAGAUACAUGGAAUUUGUGUUCAUGUGAACAGUACUUUUGAUUACCUGUAAUAAACAUAAUUUGUUUUUUUUUGUUUGUUUGUUUGUUUGUUUGUUUUAUAUCUUAAACCGACGUCACACCACUCUGUUUUUCCUGUAAAUGAUCUGUACUUUAGAUCUUUUUCCAAUUUGCAUUUGUGUUACAAUAAAGUAUGACGCUGAAAACUAUUUUGUCACGUCAAUAAAAUGAUAUUUCUCUUA